CUCCCUCCGCCCCGCUCACACUGUUUGGGAGCAACCGGCCGAGACAGCGGCUGCCCCCGGCCCCAGCGAGCGCAGCGAGGCCCCGCGCGGACCCGGCCCCUCGCCCCGGCCCCUCUUCCCCCCCCUCCCCACCCCGCGCUAUGUCCCUCAAGCAGCAGGCGGCGGCGGCGGCGGCGCAGGCCGCCGGCAACAACCGCAAGCCCCCCGGCGGCGGCGGCGGCGGCCUCCCGUCAGCCGCGGGCGGCGGGAGGCAGAACAUGGGCAGAGGUCGCAGCAGUGGCAAAGGACCACCUCAGCCUACAAUUUCUUUUGAUGGCAUCUAUGCAAACAUGAGAAUGGUUCACAUACUUACAUCAGUUGUUGGAUCCAAAUGUGAAGUACAGGUGAAAAAUGGAGGUAUAUAUGAAGGAGUUUUUAAAACCUACAGUCCUAAGUGUGAUUUAGUGCUUGAUGCUGCACAUCGGAAAACUGCAGAAUCCAGUCUGGGGCCAAAACGUGAAGAUAUACUAGAGAGUAUCUUGUUCAAGUCUUCAGAUUUUGUUAUGGUGCAUUUUAAGGAUAUGGAUACCAAUUAUGCAAGAAGAGAUGCUUUUACUGAUUCAGCCAUCAGUGCUAAAGUAAAUGGUGAACACAAAGAAAAGGAUCUUGAACCAUGGGAUGGAGGAGAGACCACGGCUACUGAGGAGCUUGAGGCAUUAGAGACAGAUGUUUCUAAUGGAUGGGAUCCCAAUGACAUGUUUCGUUACAAUGAAGAAAAUUAUGGUGUAGUAUCAACUUAUGACAGCAGUUUAUCUUCUUAUACGGUGCCAUUAGAAAGAGAUAAUUCAGAAGAGUUUUUAAAACGGGAAGCCAGAGCAACUCAAUUAGCAGAGGAAAUUGAAUCAAGUGCUCAAUACAAAGCUCGAGUUGCCUUGGAAAAUGAUGAAAGGACAGAAGAAGAAAAAUAUACUGCUGUUCAGAGAAAUGCUGGGGAACGAGAAGGACAUGGUGUGAACACUAGGGAAAAUAAAUACAUUCCACCUGGACAGAGAAACAGAGAUGUCCUGUCCUGGGGAAGUGGAAGACAAAACUCACCGAGGAUGAGCCAGUCUGGAUCAGGCCCACCAAUUUCAAGAUCUGGAUCCCAUGCUUCAGAUUUCAGUUCUAAUUCUGGAGCAGAUCAAAGAGUAGUUAACGGAGGUGUUCCCUGGCCAUCGCCUUGCCCAUCUCCUUCCUCUCGCCCACCUUCUCGCUACCAGUCAGGUCCCAACUCUCUUCCACCUCGGGCAGCCACCCCUACACGGCCGCCCUCCAGGCCCCCCUCGCGGCCCUCCAGGCCCCCGUCUCACCCCUCUGCUCAUGGUUCUCCAGCUCCUGUCUCUACUAUGCCUAAACGCAUGUCUUCAGAAGGGCCUCCACGGAUGUCUCCUAAGGCACAACGGCACCCUCGAGGUCACAGAGUCUCUACUGGUAGGGGUACAAUUUCAAGUGGCUUAGAAUUUGUAUCUCAUAAUGCACCAGGGGAAGCAUCUACUACUACAGUGGCACGAGGCAGCCCUUCAGGUGGGACGUGGUCAUCAGUUGUCAGUGGGGUUCCAAGAUUAUCCCCUAAAACACACAGGCCUAGGUCUCCAAGGCAGAGCAGCAAUCCCACGGGACCAGCUCUGCCUUCUCCUCAACCUGGUACUAUUCCUACUGAAUCUGUUGCCAUGCCUGUUCCAGCUGCCUCUCCCACACCUGCUAGCCCUGCGUCCAACAGAGCAGUUACGCCUUCUAGUGAAGCUAAAGAUACUAGGCUUCAGGACCAGAGGCAAAAUUCUGCAACUGGAAACAAGGAGAAUGUAAAGCCCAGUGAGACUUCUCCUAGUUUUCCUAAACCUGAAAACAAAGGUGUAUCUCCAGUUGUUUCAGAACAUAGAAAACAGAUUGAUGAUUUAAAGAAAUUUAAGAAUGACUUUAGGUUACAGUCGAGUUCCUCUUCAGAUGCAGUAGAUCAGCUGCUAAACAAAACUCGAGAAGGUGAAAAAUCAAGAGAAGUGGUUAAAGAAAAGACAGAAUCAGCCCCUAAAGAAUCUAUCAUAGAAACUGGCAGUAAUACUAACUCUAACAGUGGCAGUAGUAAACCUAAUAGUCCAAGUAUUUCUCCAUCAAUAAGUAAUAGUUCUGAGCAAAAGAGAGGGCCAGAGGUAACUUCACAAGGUGUACAGACAUCUGGGCCUGGAAGUAAACAAGAUAAAGAGGAUAAAGAGGAGAAGAAAGAUACUUCUGAGCAAGUUAGAAAAUCAACACUUAAUCCUAAUGCAAAAGAGUUCAACCCUCGAUCUUUUGCUCAACCGAAGCCUUCUACCACACCAACCUCACCUCGUCCACAAGCUCAACCUAGCCCCUCCAUGGUGGGUCAUCAGCAGCCAACUCCAGUGUACACUCAGCCUGUCUGUUUUGCACCAAAUAUGAUGUACCCGGUUCCAGUGAGUCCAGGCGUGCAGCCUUUGUAUCCUAUUCCCAUGACGCCCAUGCCAGUGAACCAAGCCAAGACAUAUAGAGCAGGUAAAGUACCAAAUAUGCCACAGCAACGGCAAGACCAACAUCAUCAGAGCACCAUGAUGCAUCCUGCCUCAGCAGCAGGCCCUCCGAUUGUAGCUACACCACCAGCUUAUUCGACGCAAUAUGUUGCAUAUAGUCCCCAACAGUUUCCUAAUCAGCCUCUUGUGCAGCAUGUGCCACACUACCAGUCUCAGCAUCCUCAUGUUUAUAGCCCUGUAAUACAGGGCAACGCUAGAAUGAUGGCACCACCAACACAUGCACAGCCUGGUUUAGUAUCUUCUUCUGCAACACAGUAUGGUGCGCAUGAACAGACGCAUGCUAUGUAUGCAUGUCCCAAAAUACCAUACAGCAAGGAGACAGGCCCUUCUUUCUACUUUGCCAUUUCUACUGGCUCACUUGCUCAGCAGUAUGCCCACCCUAAUGCUACCCUGCAUCCGCAUCCUCCACAUCCUCAGCCUUCGGCCACGCCAACUGGCCAGCAGCAAAGCCAACAUGCUGGAAGCCACCCUGCUCCUAGCCCCGUGCAGCAUCAUCAGCACCAGGCUGCUCAGGCACUCCACCUGGCAAACCCACAGCAGCAGUCGGCAAUUUACCAUGCAGGUCUAGCUCCAACCCCACCCUCCAUGACGCCAGGCUCCAAUACGCAGUCUCCACAAAAUAGUUUUCCUACAGCACAACAAACAGUCUUCACCAUUCAUCCCUCCCAUGUUCAACCUGCAUAUACCAAUCCGCCACACAUGGCCCAUGUCCCCCAGGCUCAUGUACAGUCAGGAAUGGUUCCUUCUCACCCAACUGCCCAUGCUCCAAUGAUGCUAAUGACGACACAGCCACCUGGUGGUCCCCAAGCCGCCAUCGCUCAAAGUGCACUACAACCCAUUCCAGUCUCGACAACAACACAUUUCCCCUAUAUGACGCACCCUUCAGGUGAGGAGUGUGUGCCUGGGAGACCUGCCCCGUAACUGAGCCAGGUCAUACUAGUGAGGAAAACUAUACGAGCCAGAUUUUGGGAAAAGGAGAACCAAAAAUACUGAAAAUGUCCUUUUACAGUAGCAGACUGCUAAAAGCAGACUGUUUCUGCAUUUAGCAUUCAUAUUUGCCAGCCCAAAGGCAGGCCUAGCUAUACAUGCAAGGUUUAGCUAACUUAGCAAGAAUUUUGUAUAGCUGAAUGGCAGAAAUGGAUAACUGUGCAGGCACUGGCGUUGUGGGACUGUAUUCUUUCAGGUUUUGCCUUGGGGGUUGGACUGCGUAGCCCAUUUUUAAUGAUCUGGAGUUUUAUUAAAUUUAAAGUGAUUCGCCUUGAGGAUAGGAGUGAAAAUACUGCUGAAGGAGUAGGAUUGCUAGACUUCUGAGAGCUGAAGUAAAAUGGCAUUUGAAGUCUAUUCUUUAAUUCAGACCAACACUUUGCAACUUUAUUUCUGGGGAAAAAUAGAUGCUAUAUGACUUUUUUCCCACGUUAUAUUUAAUUCCUACCUAGGUUUCUGUAUUAUUUUUUUUUUCCAAACAGCCUCUGAACUCUUGUAGUGAACUAAAUACCUGAUUUUGUGUAUUGGGGGAUGUGUGAGGAGAACAAGGAUGCUUUCUGAGGGUUUAGGUAGGGGGAGGGGGAAAACAAAAAACAAAGAGCAUCUUAAUAUGCAGGGUUUUUUUUUUCCUUUUUUUUUUUUUUUUUUUUUUUUAAUAAAAGGAAGUUCAGCUCAGCUCAGUAGUUGUCCUGUGACCACUUUACUAGCAAACUGUUGUGUGGCUUGCCAAUCUAUUAUUUACAUUUGAACUUUUUUU